GUCUGACGGUUAAAUCGCAUAGUGGUGCAACUGUUCUUCGCUUCGUGCAUGUGGAUGGUUAUUCAAUAACUUUGCUUCGUUUUUAUUCAACUUCUAGGAAAUGUUACUUUCGAAGCUUCCUCGGGGUUGCCAACCAGUUUCUAACAAACUUAUGGACAAAGGACGUCGCAAUCAACACUUUAAUGCCGCGUUUUUGGGGUUCUCCUCAAAGUCAGAUUCAGCCACUGCAUUUACUGCGUUGCUAAACGUGAAGUUUGGUGAUCGCACAAUCAAUGUGUCCUACUCACAUUCCCGCGAGGCACCAAGCACCGGAGAGUCCAAAUCUGUUCGACAGUUUCAAGUUCGCAUACUGAAUGCUCCUAAGGAUGCUGUCACCGACCAGAUAUUGCCACUAUUCCCUGGAGCGACCAAAGCAUACCGCACAAACACGGGGUAAGUCCGGCUUGCGUACUGGCAGUAUUCCAUUUUUUGCAUCUAGCAUUGUUUUUAAUCCCUAGAGGUUCGUUCCUCGGCA